AUGUAAAGAACAUAGAUCAAUGACAUAGAGUUUGUAAAACAAUAUUUAAAAAGUUAUAUAUUUUAAAUAAUGUUUAGAAUUAUGUGAUGAGACAUCAGGAUAUUAAUGGAAUAAAAUAUUAAAUGUGGAAUAAUAAAUAGUGAAUGGAAGCAAUUAUUAUAUAUCAGCUUAGUUGAAAAGGGAGAUAAAACAAAAAAUGUUUAAAUUGUAGUUUACAUGUCUGGAUCUCAAACAGACAUAAGAAUAACAUCAUGCUGA